UGAGUGUGGGAAAAACUUUAGUCAGCGAUCACACCUCAUCACACAUCAGAGAAUCCAAAUGGGAGAGACUCCUUACACAUGCGCUGAGUGUGGGAAAAGCUUUAGUCGGAGCUCACACCUUAUCAGACAUCAGAGAAUCCACACAGGAGAGACUCCUUACACGUGCACUGAGUGUGGGAAAAGCUUUAGUCAGCGCUCACACCUUAUCACACAUCGGAGAAUCCACACUGGAGAGAUGCUUUAUACGUGCACUGAUUGUGGGAAAAGCUUCAAUCAGUGCUCAGACCUUAUCAGACAUCAGAGAAUCCACACAGGAGAGAUGCCUUACACGUGCACUGAGUGUGGGAAAAGCUUUAGCCAGAGCUCUACCCUGAACAGACAUCGUAGAAUCCACACUGGAGAGAAGCCCUACACAUGCGCUGAGUGUGGGAAAAGCUUUGGGCAGCGCUCACACCUUAUCGGACAUCAGAGAAUCCACACAGAAGAAACGCCCUACACGUGCACUGAGUGUGGGAAAAGCUUCAGUCAGCGCUCUGCCCUGACCACACAUUGUAGAAUCCACACAAGGGAGAUGCCCUACACAUGCUCUGAGUGCGGGCAAAGCUUCAGUCAGCGCUCAAGGCUCAUUAGACAUUGGAAAAUGCACAUGAGAGACAAUUGUAAUAAAUCCCUUGAGUAGGGUUGGCCAAAAUGAGUUUUU